AUGUGUAGGCCGGGUCACAGUGGACCAACCCAUGAGUCUCUACAGGAAGUAUUCGAGAGGAAGCCAUUCAGACCUGCUGUAAAUCUGAGUAAUCCCACCAUUACCAAUAUCUCCUUCACACUCUAUGCUGUGCUCGGAGUGAACGAGAAAACUCAGAUCCUCACCACUUUCCUCUGGCUGCGGUUGUACUGGUUCCAUGAAUUCCUGAUCUGGGAACCUGAGGAGUGUGAUGGGAUCAGUAAGAUCUCACUUCCAGUAAGCAACCUCUGGUCACCCGAUGUCAUCGUCUAUGAGUUUGUGGAUGAUGAUGUGUCUCAGGCUUGUCCAUAUGUUUAUGUUAACCACACGGGUCACAUACGUUAUGACCGUAUGCUGAGACUCGUCACAGCGUGUAACCUGCAGAUCUUCAGUUUCCCAUUUGACGUUCAGAAUUGUACCUUUACCUUUGGCUCCUACAUGCACACAAUUCGAGAUGUGAGAGUGAAGUCUGCUCUCCCCUUUGAGCAGAUGUCGAAGAACUCACAGCGUUAUCUGGAGGCCAGUGGAGAGUGGGAUCUGGUGGUGAUUUUGGGAGAAGAAGGAAUUCUCAAGUUCGGUAUAGACGAGUGGGACAUCAUCACCUUCUGGGUGGUGAUAAAGCGUCGGCCAAUCCUGUAUGUGGUGAAUUUGCUCAUCCCGAGCUCCUUCCUCAUGAUCAUUGACAUCCUGUCCUUCUAUUUGCCGCCUCACAGUGUUGAUCGUGCCUCAUUUAAGAUGACGCUGAUUCUCGGUUACACUGUUUUCCUGCUCAUCAUGAAUGACCUGCUGCCAAGCACAGCCAAUGGCACACCAAUCAUCGGUAUUUACUUCUCUGUCUGUUUGGCUAUGAUGGUCAUAAGUCUGCUGGAGACCGUCAUCAUCACCAACGUUCUCCAUCACAACUCCAUGAAGUACCGUCCGGUUCCACAGUGGGUCAGAUUAGUUGUGCUGAAAUACAUCGCUCGCUUCAUCUGUUACAGUGAUCCAGACAUCACACACACACAGAGGAAAUUACUGGACCAAGGAGACAUCUGGAGCACACAACGCACGCAGAUUGACACACCACAACACUUACAUGCUAAUGCAGGUAUGUCCUCCCAGUCUGUCCCCGAGCUGGUGGAGAUCAGCGAGUGUGUGCGUGCGAUUCGUGCUCACCUCACCAUGAUGCAACGAGAAGAAGCUCUGCAGGAUGAGUGGUGUCACGUCGGCUACGUCCUCGACUUCCUGCUAUUCCGUGUCUACCUAAUGCUCAUCACCUGCUAUGCCUUUGUCAUCAUCUACAUGUGGUGCAUCUGGAUGUACCAGUGACAUACACACUUACCGUCCUUACCUGUAAUCUCACUUUUUAACAAGUUCUAAAUUAGCUGAAAGUUUCAUUUAUCUCACAAAUUUUACAUUUUAAUAUUUAAGGUGUUUUAUGUUAAAUAACUGUACUACUCUGACCCCUCCCACACACACACUACACUUACCACACCCCUACUACCCUGAUCAUAUACCUAGUACCUCAACCACACACCAACUCCCUUGAUCGCACCCCUACUACCCUGAACACACCUCUAUUGCUCUGUCCACUCCCCACUAACCUGUCCUCACCACUAAUAGUAGUAAG